GGGGCCGCGCAGGCGCAGAGCUUGGUUUCAGAUGUGAGGUGUGUGCUAAAGAGCUAGUUAGCGGGCAGCUCUUGUGGUUCAAGGCAAGGGACAUGGCGGAGGCUAUGGAAUCGGGCAAGGACCCCAACGGGCCCACCCACUCCUCCACUCUGUUUGUGAGGGAGGACGGCAGCCCCUUGUCGUUCUACGUGCGGCCCAGCCCGGCCAAGCGCCGGCUGUCGACGCUGAUCCUGCAUGGCGGCGGCACUGUGUGCCGGGUGCAGGAGCCCGGGGCCGUGCUGCUGGCCCAGCCCGGGGAGGCGCUGGCCGAGGCCUCGGGAGACUUCAUUUCCACGCAGUACAUCUUGGACUGCGUGGAGCGCAACCAGAGGCUCGAGCUGGAGGCCUACCGGCUGGGCCCCGGCGCAGCGGCAGACCAGGCCCCGGAGUCCAAAGCCGGGGCUUCCGCUGAGGGCGCCGCGGAGCCCGAGCCGCAGCCGCUCACGGGGCGGAUCGCCUUCACAGACGCGGACGACGUGGCUAUCUUGACCUACGUGAAGGAAAACGCCCGCUCGCCCAGCUCGGUCACGGGCAACGCCCUGUGGAAGGCGAUGGAGAAGAGCUCGCUCACGCAGCACUCGUGGCAGUCCCUCAAGGACCGCUACCUGAAGCACCUGCGGGGCCAGGAGCACAAGUACCUGUUGGGGGACGCCCCAGUGAGCCCCUCCUCCCAGAAGCUCAAGCGCAAGGCCGAGCAGGACCCGGAGGCCGCGGAUAGCGGGGAACCACAGAAUAAGAGAACUCCAGACUUGCCAGAAGAAGAAUAUGUGAAGGAAGAAAUCAAGGGGAAUGAAGAAGCAGUCAAAAAGAUGCUCGCAGAAGCCACCCGGGAUUUUGGGGAAGUUGUGGUGGAUGAGAGUCCUGAUUUUGAAAUCCAUAUAACGAUGUGUGAUGAUGAUCCCCCUACACCGGAGGAAGACUCAGAAACACAGCCUGAGGAGGAGGAAGAAGAAGAAAAGGUCUCUACACCAGAGGUGGGAGCUGCCAUUAAGGUCAUUCGGCAGUUAAUGGAAAAGUUUAACUUGGAUCUCUCAACCGUAACACAGGCCUUUCUAAAAAAUAGUGGUGAGCUGGAGGCUACUUCCUACUUUUUAGAGGCUGGUCAGAGAGCUGAUGGAUACCCCAUUUGGUCCCGACAGGAUGACUUGGAUUUGCAAAAAGAUGAUGAAGAUACCAGAAAUGCAUUGGUCAAAAAAUUUGGUGCUCAGAAUGUAGCUCGGAGGAUUGAAUUCCGAAAGAAAUAAUUGGCAAUAUAAUGAGAAAAGAAAAUAGGUGGUUCAGAUAAGUCUAUUAAAAAGUUGUGAUCAUUGAACUUCAGAGAGUUCUUACUAUAAAAUUGACUCUUCUGACCAAUGCUGCUGCUGUUCUGUGAGGCCUGAUUUUGUAGCUAAGCAGAGUUGUGUAGGAAGAUAAAAACAAAAGAAAUUGGAUCUAUUUAGAACUGUCCCUGGCAAAUAUCAAGGAAAAUCUAAAUCAGAGAGGUUGGUCUAUGUAGUAGUAAUCCUUUGCUGGAAUGGAACCUCUGCUGUAUUGGUGAUGAGCCUAGCGACAAAGUUAAAGGAGGAAAAUUAGGCAUACAGGUAUUUUCUUUCGUGCAGCCCAAGUGAAGAGCCUCUUAUCCUUUGGCAGAAGUUUCUCUGGAUUAUGAUAGAUUCCAAAUCAAGAAUCUAGAAUAUGGGGGGCUGGGGUUGUAGCCCAGUGGUAGAGAGCUUGCCUAGUGUGUCUGAGACACUAGGCUCAAUCCUCAGCACUACAUAAAAUUAAUAAGUAAAACAAAUGUAUUGUGUCCAUCUACAACUAAAAAAAAAAUUUUUGUGUGGUGCUUGGGAUUGAACCCAGGGCCUUUUGCAUGCAAGGCAAGCACUCUACCAACUGAGAUUUAUCCCCAGCCCUAAAAAAAUAAAUUUUAAAAAAUUAAAAAAAAAAUCUAGAAUAUGGGAAGAUUUAAUUUCACAACUUUGAACAUGGACUUUCCCAAAGGGAAAUCAUUCCCUCCUCACAGUGAGUUUGAUUUCUGGCCUGCUUUGAAAAGCCCAUAUUUGCUUUGCUAACUUGAUAUUUGGGGACCAUGCUCCUUCUCAGUUAAAUCUCUAGUAUGUGUUCCUUUACCUUCCACUCAGUUUUGUUUGAAACACAGACAAACCCUAGAAUAUCAAGAACUACUUACUCAGAGCUGGGGUUGUUGCUUAGUCAUAGAGUGCUUGCCUGGCAUGUGUGAAGCACUGAGUUCAAUUCUCAGCAUCACAUAAAAAAAAAAAUAAUAAAAGUAUUGUGUCCAUCUACAACUAAAAAAUAUUUUUAAAAGAGAACUACUUACUCUGUUAAUAGUAAUGUUUUUUUGAUUUAAUGAGCAUAGUUUUAUGCUAAAGAUUGUGUUAGACUGAAAAAUUAGUAAAUUGGUUCUACUUUGUUGAAAAUAAAUUCAUUAUUGAAAAUAAAUAUAA